UUCGCGUGGUGACACUCGAUCCCUCGGCUUUAUUUACGCGGCCGCGUUAACGCAGGAGCUCGUCGCCGGUGAGCCCGCUCGUCCACGGGCGCGUUCCCCGCUCGAGAGGAAAUGUGAAGAGCCGCGUCCGGCUGGGCGCGGUGCGGCUGCCGGGCGUCGAGGCGCUCGACGAACGGAACGCACUCGGGCGGCCGAGCUUUUCUCUGAGACGACGUCAAACAUGAGGCGGCGGACUUUUUGGAGAGGCUACACCUUGCCGCGCCGUCUCUCGGCCGAGAUUCAUCAGUGAGACCAGUGCCAAUGACCGUCGACAUAUAUGGCGGCGCGGGUACUCUUGCUCGGCAUCUUGUUCACGGAAGUGCUGAAGCCCGUCUCCGUCGCCGCAGGUGCGUCUCCCUCGCGUGUCAAAGGAAUAGGUGGAGGUAUUAUCGGAAAGAAUGGGUCUAAGCCGGAAGGUUUAGGCAUCGGAACUUCUGGUAAUUCUGGAAUUUCAUUGGAGAUCGAGCCUGGUGGCCACGUGGUAUUGGGAAGGAAGGGUAUCACGCUGAAUUGUUUGUCUGUCUUUGGUCAUGAUGUGUCUUGGCUGUACAAUGGAGUACCGGCACCACCUUGUGGACUCGCCCGUUGCACUCUUCUACGCAAUGGCUCGUUACACUUUUAUAAAAAACAGAAUUUGCAGCUGGUACAAAAGCAAAAGGGAAAGGAUGGUAAUGUCGUUGGUGAUAAGAAUCAUGAUAAAAAUGAGUAUCGCUGCAUAGUUCGUACCAGUUUAGGUGGAUUAUUGAGAUCUUCGCCCACUUUUGUCAAACUUGCUGAGUUAUCACACAUGUUUAAAGAAUCCCCCGAAGACUUGACGGUCCACGAAGGUGAAGUCGCGAGACUGUCAUGUCUCAUUUACAGUGUUCCUUUCCCACCCAAUAUUACUUGGCAGCAUAAUGGGGAGAUUGUUCUUUCCGGUCAAAACGAUACAAAAUAUUCUCUGGUAGCACCUGGUGUUCUGUAUAUAAGUGCAACGAAACUUUCUGAUGCUGGUUCAUACAGAUGCAUAGUGACCAAUGAAUUUUUAAAAAAGACCAAAAAAAGCAAAGAGGCAAAGUUGACGGUCAUUUCAAGGCCUGAAGGGAAGGAGUCGCAUGUACCUGCUUUGUUGUUUCCACAAGUUUCAUACAGCCAUUGGUUAAAUAAUGGAUCCGAUAUCAGCCUCACGUGUGCCGCUUCUGGUUAUCCAUCCCCUUUAAUUACCUGGGCAUUUAUUCCUCGCUAUGCAGAUAAGACCAACCUUGGGCAGCCUCGCGUUCUUCUUAAUUCCACCAACGGCAUCGGAGUUCUCACGUUGAGAAACGUGAGCGUCCACGAUGCUGGCGUCUAUUUAUGCUCCACCAAGAACUCCCCGAACGCUGACCCUGAGAUUCAGAAUAUCACCGUGGACGUGCUAGUUCCCCCCUCGUUUCUCAAAAAGCCAGCGAACCAGAUAUGUCCCAACGGAAGAACGGCGCGAUUCGAGUGCCAGGCUCAAGGAAAGCCGGUUCCUCGGAUUUAUUGGCUAAAGGACUCCGAGAAUAUCACGGUUAAUGGGCGAAGGACGACCUACGUGAAGGAGUAUAACAAGAUAGAAUUGGCGAUCUCGGCGACGGUCCCGUCCGACUCGGGGAUUUAUCAAUGCAUGGCGGUAAACGCAGCCGGAGAGGUUUGGGCCGCUGGACGGCUACAAGUUAACACAUCCAGGAACAGCCCGGCCACGUCUACGUCAUUGAAGUGCCACGCUCUGUCGCCCGUUAGAAUCUUUAUAUCCUGGGAACCACCGAAAUCUCUGCCGUCUGCCAGUAUUACGGCGUACACGGUCCAUUACAGCCCCGUGGACGGCGGCAAGGAAGAGGUGUCUCCACCCGAGCCGGGAAACUCGACGUCGGUAGAGGUGACGAAACUUUUAGAACCGUUUACCAACUACUCCUUCUAUGUUAGAGUCUGGAACAACCAUGGAGCUAGCGAUCAGUCGGCCACCAUCGUCUGUUCCACCGCUCCUAGUGUUCCUAAGACCGCUCCGAAAGUCGCCCUGGAAGUCGUCGGCAGCACCAAGCUGCACGUUUCUUGGACGCCGCUGAGUAAGAACGAGGCUCGGGGCGUCGUCGUCGAGUACAAGUUGCAGUGGAGGCUUCACGAACAUCCGUCGUCCAGGGUCUUGUAUCUUCCGGCCAGCAUAGAGCAUUACGUUCUCACUGAUCUGAUUCCUGGAGCAAGGUACGACCUUCGCGUCUUGGCAAGGACCGAACAAGGAUGGCCGAACGUCAGCGAGUCGCAGUUCAGCUGGACCAGCGUGACGAUGCCAUCCUUUGAGACGACCCCGUUCACCGUCCAGAACGUCGUCACCGUUGAUUUGUUGAGAGUGAAUGCUUCAACCGUGAAGGUACGCUGGAAAGUGGACGAGAUGACAAGUGGCCAGGCGGAGCCGGAAUUCGACUCCUGGCAAGUGUACUACGAAAACGAAGACGAGAGGAGGAUGUCAACCGUCUUGUUGCCGAGGAACUUGUCGGAAUACACGUUCACUGAACUUGGGAGUAAUAAUUCGUACUCGGUCGGCGUGUGCAUGGUCAGUGACGGAAAAGCUCUCGGCUGCAUCCUGAGGCGAGUCGAGUCGACGCGAAUCAAUUCCAACUACUUACCGACUGCUUUAGAGGCUAUUCCUGUUUCGGCGACGUCCAUAAACGUCACCUGGAGUCUGAGCGACGUGUAUGACAUCGAUUCCUACGAGAUUUGUUACUGCAUCGUUCACGGCGUGGAAUCCGACCUGUCGGAGUGUAUCGUGGUUGACGAGACGAAGGUGACCAUCGACAGGUUGAGACCGUUCACCUUGUACCAGUUCAAAGUCAGGGCACUUCACAAUGGCACCAACCAAAGUAGUCCGUUCAGCGAGACCAUAGAAUGUUACACAAAUGAAGACAUUCCUGGGAAGGUCGAGGAAGUACAAUGGUUCUUGAGUAAUAGUACAAAUGUUCGAAUCGCGUGGAAGGAACCAAACAAGUUGAACGGCAUCAUACAAAAUUACUUAGUGGCUUACACGAUGAACCUGGCCGAGGCUAUGUCGACCUGGGGGAACGUGACCGUCCCCGGGAACAAGACCUCCGCGAACCUCCCGGGUUUGGUGCCGGGAAAGCGUUACUUCGUCGUGGUGCAGGCGGCUACCAAGGCCGGUUUCGGUAAACCGUCGGAUCCCAUCAUCAUAAUUACCGGUGGAGGUGGAGGUGGAGGUGGUGGCGUUAACGGAGGUAGCGGGGCAUCCAAAGGACCUACCACGUCGGACAAGCAGAAACCGCCGCAGAAGUUCAAGCCGGAUCAGAGCUUAGGGGUGAUACUGGGCGUCAGCAUCAGCAUUGGCUGUAUCAUGAUCUGCCUGUGCAGCAUCUACUGCAGGAAGAAAUGCGAGAAUUCCCAAUCCCUCGGGGACAGUGCCCAGCCGCUCAAGGAUCGCAUUCUUAUGAGGAACGGGAACGGUUGCUGCAUCGACCGGUCCUCCACCUCGGUGAGUCAACACGCCAACCCGACGACCGUCUGCAACGAGAUCGAGCUCGCCGUUCUCUGCCCGUCAUCUCCUAUCACCACGAAUCCACACCCCGACACCAAGGGCGGGCAUUCCAACGGCAUCCUGGAGGCAUGCGCGAAGGAGCCCCUGCUGACGCCAUGGGACUUAAACGGUGAAACCAAGGAUCUCCGUAUCACGGGAAACCCAGAGUACAAAAGAAAGAACAGCGCCACCUCCAUCCACCAGGCGUCCGGUCGCGACCUGGACAGCACGCAGCAGACCAUGCUCAACUGCACUUCGAGCAGUGCCGGUGGUAGUACCAACAGCUGCAGCAGUCUAAAUAAUAAUCUGGCUUGCGCGGAAGCUGACACCUCCCCCCAGAAGGCGACCUCCACGUCCGUGCCGGUCUUGGGCCCCAAUGGAUGAAAGCCUCCCGGGGAUGCCGUCUGUCGGCGGGCACGUCGUGGUACUUUGCCACUCGAGGAAGGUGUUGGUCGACCUCGGCCGAUUAUUUCAAGGCCGUGUGGUAAGGAGUCAGGCUCAAGACCUGGAGCACGGGCGUCGGCCCUUCGCCAGGUGACAUAGAGAGGUCGCUGCGAAUCGUAGAAUAGGUCAGGUGCGGGCGAUCCUGCGCAUGCACCCUGAUUUUGCCUCCACCUGGGCGAAUCCGUACCUAAUCCGAUACGUCACGUCACGUCACGUGCGGCUUAGCUUCCGGCGAACGUAAGUAGCGUUAAUCGAUGUCUCGUAGGUGUUUACCUUUACGUAACCGACGGUCUCACCGUAGACCCGGGGACCGACCUCGGAUGACACCGUUACAUGUGGCUACACGAGAGGAGGCGUGAAAGUGGCUCGAACUAGCACCAGGAUUUUUUUUUUUAAUAGUUAUGUUCUUGGAUAAAAAGAGAAAGAAACUCAAGCCCACCGCGUGGGUAUGUAAGUCAGUUCUGUACACCGAGGUCGCAUACAACAUGUAUGCGGUAUUCACUUUGCCAUUAGAGGCAUUUAUUGAAACAAAUGCCUAGUUGUGUGGGACAUACAUGAAUUCCUGGGUGUAUUACUUCCACCAAGUAUUAAAUAAGCAGUAAAUGCUUGCUGUACGUGUCUUUGGUAGGUGGGCUGACUGACGUACUUGUAGCCGGCGAUUUUAGGGGAAGCCGCGUACAGUUUUUUCACGCCUAUGAGUGGAGGGCGCAAGGUUCUUAAGGUGACAUGAAGGCGUUAUUUUAUAUAUAUAUAUAUAUAAAGCGUUAAAAUAUUUUUAAAACUUAUCGCCAACUUGGGUGCAUCCAGUUAUUCGGUACUUCGCCACGUGAUGAUCGAGGCCCUAAUGAAGAAUGCGAUGUUCGGGAAAUUUAAUUUUACAACAAAUAAGAUUUUUU